CGCUUUGAUUCAUAUAUCACUAGAAGGGGAAAAAAAAAAGAGCCUUUCUAUUGAUAAAUUAUUCAAUCUAGCUCUAAAUUUAAUGGCAAAGUUAACAUGGUUGUUCGUUUCUCUUUUUAUUUUUAUACUUGUUACCAAUCUUUGUGAAGCAAUCUCUUCUUGUAAUGGCCCGUGUAAGACCCUGAAUGAUUGUUCUGGGCAAUUGAUUUGCAUAAAUGGUAAAUGCAAUGAUGAUCCUGACGUGGGCACUCAUGUGUGUUCGAACGGAGGAGGAGGCAGCGGCGGCGGGGGAGGAUCUUCACCACCGUCAAGCAAUGGUUGUCGACCUUUUGGCAACUUGAUUUGUAAGGGAAAAUCACAUCCGCAGUACAAAUGUUCUCCUCAAGUGACUUCCUCGACUAGAGCUAUCCUUACAAACAACAACUUCAGUGAAGGUGGUGACGGCGGCGACCCAUCGGAGUGCGACGACCAAUUCCAUGAUAACUCUGAAUUAAUAGUGGCAUUAUCCACAGGUUGGUAUAAUGGGGGUUCGAGGUGUGGAAAGAAGAUCAAAAUUACCGCUAGGAAUGGAAAGUCUGUAUUGGCUAAAGUGGUGGAUGAGUGUGAUUCUAUAAAUGGAUGUGACAAGGCACAUGCUCAACAACCACCGUGUCGAAACAAUAUUGUGGAUGGCUCAGAUGGAGUAUGGAACGCUUUGGGACUUGACAUAGAUGUUGGUGAAGAGCCUAUUACUUGGUCCGAUGCUUAAUAAAACAAUAAUAAUGAUAAUAGUAUAAAAUACUUCUUACUGUUAUAUGGGAAGGAUAAUCUCCUAUUUAAAUAAAAAACACAUUGUCUGAUCAUCACUUGUGGUGGUAAUUGUAUCAUCUACUUGGAUCCUUUUUCAGUAAAGUUUUUUUUUUUUUUCCUCAA